AAAAAAGAGAUUCCAUUGUGAUUCAAAAAAAAAAAAAAAGGACAAAAGGAGCAUUGUCAAUCGCAUCGAAAUGUUGUCAAGAUAUUUGAUUGAGUUUCUUCUUGUGGUCCUAGCAGUUCUUGGUUCAUGCUCAGCUGCUACCAUUGAUUAUGAUGCUCAUGCUCUGAUCAUCAAUGGCCAGCGCAAGAUCAUCAUUGCUGGUGCCAUUCACUAUCCUCGUAGCACCCCUGAGAUGUGGCCUGAUCUGAUUCAGAAGGCAAAGGAUGGAGGGAUUGAUACAAUUGAAACAUAUAUCUUCUGGAAUCUCCAUGAACCUCGCCGUCGUGAGUAUGAUUUCACUGGAAAUCUGGACUUUGUAAAGUUUUUCCAAUUGGUUCAACAAGCUGGCCUUUAUGGUAUUCUUCGCAUUGGACCUUAUGUCUGUGCUGAGUGGAAUUAUGGAGGUUUCCCCAUGUGGCUGCAUAACACUCCAGGUAUUCAACUGAGGACAGACAAUGAUAUAUACAAGCAAGAAAUGCAAAUUUUCACUACAAAGAUUGUGAACAUAGCAAAAGAGGCUAAGUUGUUUGCAUCGCAAGGAGGACCCAUCAUUCUUGCUCAGAUUGAAAACGAAUAUGGAAAUAUCAUGGAUGGUUAUGGAGAUGCUGGAAAGAAAUACAUCAACUGGUGUGCUCAGAUGGCUGUAGCCCAAAACGUUGGUGUCCCAUGGAUUAUGUGCCAGCAGGAUAAUGCCCCACAACCCAUGAUCAAUACUUGCAAUGGAUUUUACUGUGACCAAUUCAAGCCAAACAAUGCCAAGAGUCCCAAAAUGUGGACAGAGAACUGGACUGGAUGGUUCAAGGCUUGGGGUGGCAAAGACCCACAUAGAACUGCUGAAGAUGUUGCAUUUGCUGUUGCUCGCUUUUAUCAGAAUGGAGGAAUCUUGCAGAACUAUUAUAUGUAUCAUGGAGGAACAAAUUUUGGACGCACUUCAGGAGGUCCAUAUAUUACUACUUCAUAUGAUUAUGAUGCACCUCUUGAUGAAUAUGGAAAUCUCAACCAGCCGAAGUAUGGACAUUUAAAGCAACUCCAUGCAGCUCUUAAACUUGGGGAGAGUUUUCUCACCAGUGGUAAUGUGACCUGGAAGAGUUUUGGUAACGGUGUUGAUCUUGCAACAUUCACCAAUUCUUCUGGGGCAAGAUUCUGUAUGUUGAGCAACACUGACAAAUCUAAAGACACUAACAUUGAUCUAGAACAAGGCAGAAAAUACUUUGUGCCUGCCUGGUCUGUUAGCUUUCUUGAUGGUUGCAACAAGGAAAUUUACAACACAGCAAAGCUGAACACACAAAUUUCUAUGAUGGUAAAGAGAAUACACAAUAAGGAGGAUCGUGACGUGGAUGGAGAUGGAGAUAGAGAUGCACAAAUGCAACAGGCUCCUCAGCUCAACUGGGAAUGGUCACCAGAGGCCAUGAAAGACACCCUCCAAGGAAAGGGCAGGUUCAAGGCUGGAGUACUUCUUGAGCAGAAAUCAACAACUUUUGAUAUCAGCGACUACUUUUGGUACAUGACAAGCGUCAAUAUCAACGAAACAAUCUGGAAAUCAUGGAAUUGGAAGAAUGCUACCCUUCGCAUCAGCACCAAUGGCCAUGCACUCUUUGCUUAUGUUAACAGAAAGCUCAUUGGCUACCAGUUCUCCAAGCAAGCCAAUACACAGCAAAUGGUUAAUGGAGAUGACUAUAGCUUUGUGUUUGAGGAACCCGCAGUUAAGCUGAAACUUGGGGCUAAUACCAUUUCUAUACUCAGUGUCACUAUUGGAUUGGCGAAUUAUGGUGCGAAAUUCGACUUGAAGCCUACUGGCUUGAUUGGGGGCUCAGUCCAGCUGGUAAAUAAUGGGCAGGAUACUAUUGAUUUAACGUCAUCCACUUGGUUCUAUAAGGUUGGAUUGAAUGGUGAAGUGAAGCGUCUCUAUGAUCCAAAUUCAGCAAAAGCAAAAUGGGUUGCUGAGAAACUCCCAUAUGGGAGACCCAUGACAUGGUACAAGACCACUUUCCAGGCACCUGCAGGAACAGAUCCAGUGGUGGUGGACUUGCAAGGAAUGGGCAAGGGUUAUGCUUGGGUGAACGGACACAAUCUCGGCCGCUACUGGCCUACUGAAAAGGCAGACGAAAAUGGAUGCACCACCUUCUGUGAUUAUCGCGGUCAAUAUAGCAAUGACAAAUGCAGGACAAACUGCGGCAAUCCUACUCAGAGAUAUUACCACGUUCCGAGAUCGUUCCUCAACAACAAUGGUACUAACACAUUGAUUUUGUUUGAAGAAAUCGGUGGAAACACAUCCACAAUAUCUUUCCAGAUUGUCACCGUUGGAAAAGUUUGUGGACAUGCUUAUUUGGGAAGCACCUUGGAGUUGUCAUGCCAAGGUGGGAAAGAAAUCACAGACAUUGAGUUUGCUAGCUUUGGAGACCCCCAGGGAUCCUGUGGCUCAUUCAAGGUCGGAUCUUACCAAGCAACAAACGCCCUGGCUGCAGUGGAAAAGGCUUGCGUUGGAAAGCAGAGUUGUGGCAUUGAAAUAUCAGAUGCAACAUUCGAAUUGAAUAAUGACAUCGGGGUUACAAGUAGGCUGGCAGUUCAAGCUGUUUGCAGCUAAAAUGUAAAGGAGAGAAACAAAUAAAUAUAAAUGUAAAGGAUUGGAGAAACAAAAUCAUGAUAUUGAG